GAAAUUUUAUUAAAUAUUGUAAAUCAAAAUAAAAAAGGGGGAAUUAGUGAAGGAAUAAUUCCUGGACAGUUAACUAUAAUUGUUGGUGGGGAUGAAUUAAUGGUUUUGAAUGAUGAUAAUUUUAAUAAAAAAAGAAAAAGAAGGCAAGCACAAACUGGCAGAAAUUUUCCAAAAAAUCAAUGGGAACCUUCAAAGCCUGUUCCAUAUAUUUUUGAUCCAAAAUUAAGUGAAAAUGCUAGAAAAUUAGUUCGUUUAGCAGCCCAAUUCUGGACUGAAAAUACUUGUUUAUCUUUUGCUGAAAAUGGACAGGGGAAUCCAAAAGUGCGGAUUUUUCCUGGAGGGGGUUGUUACAGGUAG